AUGGGUCUCUGGGAAGCUUUCCUCAAUUGGCUUCGAAGGGAUCAUACCAACCUGGUGUUUAGUUUAAGGUUACACUACCCAAAGGAAAAGAAAGACAAACAAGGAUCUGUUCAAAUAAUUGGGUUCCAGUUCAACCGGUUCGACAGCAGUCUAAAUUGGCUGAUCAGUUCAGUUUUUAGAAAGGCCAAUGUAUCAAGAUUUGCAUUUAAUAAUCCAGAUAUUGAUGCUGGCUUCGUGGCUUUGGUUUCCUUUGCUUAUGUGAUUCUCUCUUCCCUCAUACAUCCUGGUGCAUCUUCGUACAUACGUUCAAAGGCUGGAUUCAAAAGCCUUUUCUUUAAGCAGGAAAUGGAGCUUUCUUUGAUCGGGCUUCAGAAUGCUGGAAAAACUUCUCUUGUAAAUGUUGUUGCGACUGGUGGAUAUAGCGAAGACAUGAUCCCUACAGUAGGAUUCAAUAUGAGGAAGGUCACUAAAGGAAAUGUCACAAUAAAGUUGUGGGAUCUUGGAGGUCAACCCAGAUUUCGUAGUAUGUGGGAGAGAUACUGUCGUGCAGUUUCUGCUAUUGUUUAUGUUGUUGAUGCCGCUGAUCAUGAUAACCUCAGCAUCUCAAGGAGUGAACUGCAUGAUCUGUUGAGCAAACCAUCACUGAGCGGUAUUCCUCUGCUGGUAUUAGGCAACAAGAUUGACAAGCCUGGUGCUCUUAGUAAGGACGCAUUGACUGAUCAGAUGGGGCUGAAAUCCAUAACUGAUAGAGAGGUAUGCUGCUUUAUGAUCUCAUGCAAGAACUCAACCAACAUUGACUCGGUCAUUGAUUGGCUUGUCAAGCAUUCCAAAUCAAAGAGCUGA